AUGGUGAAGAAGAAAGUCCCUGAUUGGCUCAACAGCUCCCUCUGGUCCUCCUCCUCUCCUCCUGAACAUCCACAACCACUGACACCAACACCGCCUUCCAACGACGCCUCCGAUGAGGACAAGAACUAUCGCAUCCACCGCUCUGCUAUCACCUCCUCCACCGCCAAAUCCAAAUCCAAAUCCAUCGCAAGUUCUACUGUUGCGGAAUCACCGGUUGAACCGCCUGUGCCGGUGCCGCCACCGGCUGUUGUGAGAGCUUCGCAGUCUAAUUCUGUUGGGGAAAUCAGGGAUCCGUUGAGUAGUGGGAACAGUAAUAGUAAUGACCAUGAGGAUUAUGGGAGUUCUACUGCUAUCAAGAGUUCUUCUUCUUUGGCUGAGGAUAUUUCGCGCCAGGCUCACUUCUUACAAGAGCUUUCGAAGAAAGUAAUAAAUAUGGGUGAAUUGAGGAGACUGGCGUCACAAGGAAUACCCGAUGGUGAUGGAAUUCGUUCUACGGUUUGGAAGUUAUUAUUGGGGUAUUUGCCAAGGGAUCGAGCGGUCUGGGCAUUAGAACUUGGUAAGAAGAGGUCUCAGUACAAGCAUUUUAAAGAGGACCUACUGAUGAAUCCUUCAGAAAUCGCACGCAGAUUGGAAAAGUCCACAAGUCUUGAAAAUGAUGGAUCUAAUGGUGAAAACAAGGGCUUACUCUCACGAUCAGAAAUACCUCAAGGAGAGCAUCCUUUGAGCCUUGGGACAACCAGCAUCUGGAAUCAAUUCUUUCAGGACACAGAGAUCAUGGAGCAAAUUGAUCGAGAUGUGAAGCGCACACAUCCAGACAUGCACUUCUUUUCUGGGGACUCUCCACUUGCAAACUCCAAUCAGGAGGCUCUGAAGAACAUAUUGAUUAUAUUUGCAAAAUUGAAUCCGGGUAUAAGAUAUGUUCAAGGGAUGAAUGAAAUACUGGCGCCCUUAUUUUAUGUAUUCAGAAAUGAUUCGAAUGAGGAAAAUGCGGCCUUUGCGGAAGCAGACACAUUCUUUUGUUUUGUUGAGUUAUUGAGUGGAUUCCGUGAUAAUUUCUGUCAGCAACUUGACAAUAGUGUUGUGGGAAUUCGUUCCACAAUUACAAGGCUGUCACAGCUUCUAAAGGAGCAUGAUGAAGAGCUUUGGCGUCAUCUCGAGGUCACAACCAAAGUCAAUCCCCAGUUUUAUGCAUUUAGAUGGAUAACCCUCCUCUUGACCCAAGAAUUCAAUUUUGCGGACAGUGUUCUCAUUUGGGAUACACUCCUAAGCGACCCUGAAGGUCCUCAA